AUGACAACAGUCGGCGUGUUAUUCACGCUGCAGUCGUGCUUUCGAGAUGGUGCAUCAGCACAAACGGCAAAUGCAACGGUUUACAAACGAGUCCCCGACGUGAACGCGAAGAUCGUGAAUCCCAUCGCCAAUUUCACCGGGAAAAGCGCCAAGACUUGCGGCUGCUCGUGCUCCAAGAAAGCCAGCUGCAGGGUGUUCUCUCUGGAGAUGAGAGUCGGCCUGGAUCCGGUCUGUCUGCUGGGAGGUAUCGAUUCCACCGUGCAAAGCGAUCUCACCGACAUCUCUGCCACGCUCUAUUAUGACAGACGAGAGGAUCGUGCAUUCCGUACUUUGAAUCGUGUUAUUGACUCUUUGCGCCUUGCAAGGAUCGCUUCUCUGACGUUCGCAGGCCAACUCGUCCCACCCGGUUACACCUUCGCGAUGAUCACGAACGAGAUACAUUUCCUCAAGAAUAUGACCGCGGAUAUGAAUUUUUCAACCGGGGUUGCCGCUUGCAAGACCGACAAGGCCAACCUCGUCCAGGACGACAAGGGAGUCGCCUGGCACAAACACAUCAUUCAAUAUGCCACGUCGAAAAUCGGAGCGAUGAAGAACUUCUGGUUGGGGGGCAACGACCUCGACGGCAACCACGUCUAUCACUGGAACGACGGGACGCCGGUCUCGGGUCAGACCUUCUGGCAUUCCGGGGAGCCAUCCUUCAAAUUCAACAAGAUCCCGGAACAAUGCAUGGAGCUUCCUUGGACUUACGGGGGAUCGAACGUCACCGACGAGUGGAAUGACACCGAUUGUUCUAACGUGAGGGCUGUCAUCUGCGAAAUCCGAUUGCCCUGAACUCGCUUCGUGUAACCUAAGGCUCCCAUCAUCUCGCUGAAAUUAUUUUGUUGUUCCAUUCACGUCAUAUACUAGAUAUGGCGAUGUUUCCGUUGCAUUAAUCGUUCUCGCAAAAUUGUACGAAUGAAUCAGCUCAACCUCACAGAAAUUGAGGAAUGUGUUUUUUUUUCCCGCGAGACAAUUACGCUCGCAAAAUUACACAAAACUUUGAGUUCAUGAUUUUCCAUCCUAUCGUAUGAAAUAUGUCAAACUUACUAAAUCACUAAUUUGCACAUGUUUAUCUAUUCUUGCGGUUUUAUGCACCUUUCCCCCAAACACAUGGAACAUUAUUGUGGGU